AUGAAGGACGUCUCAGACGGUAUCGACAACUUUAAGCAGCUUCCCGGCCGCGAAAAAACGAGCAAGACUGUCGAGCAGGAACUCGCACUAGCUGCCGCUGCGGCCCGGCGUCUAUCCCUGCACGUCAACGCCUGGACCACGGCCGAACUCUUGCAGGAACUCGAGCGCAUAUGGCUCCAAGCUGUUCGAGCGGAGGCGACAAUAGACCCACAGUUUCAACACGUUGUCACGGAAUGGGAAACCGCCUGCGCCGCUCUCUCACGGUUGUCUCGGACAGCCCAAGAAGAUUCGGUCACCGGUCAGGCAGAGCGGCAUGCCUCUGCAACCAGAAUCCGCGACUGCCGAAUUCGAGCGGGUGUCGGAUCAAAGGCUAAGAAGACCGGGUGGUGGAAGCAACGACAGAUGCGUUUUCUACGGGAAGAGCUCAGGCACAUUGAGCGCAAGGUUGCUCCAUUGGCCGAUCCGUCCCGCUUAGUGGCUAGAUACAACCUCCUGCUAGCAAGAUGCGCAGAGGUGGGGGGAUGGGCAAUAGCCGUUUCUGCCUACCAAUCAGCAAGAGCCCGAGGCGUCAUCACCAAACCCAUGAACAAUAGGCGAGACGCGAAUCCUUCGUUCUCGCUGAAACCUUUGGUCUACCAACACCUUCUCCGCGCGGCAAAAAAUGCGACCCCCCCCCAACCUCGCGCGGCCCUGCACGUGCUGCGAGAAAUGAGGCUCAGAGGCGAAGAGCCUGUUGCCACGCACUACAACCUCGUUGUCAGCGCAUGUGCUCGGGCUGCCGCCGUCGCGGCAUCCACAUCGGCCCUGAUGCCGUUAGAUCGUGAUGGCACUGAGGGCCACGCGGUCCUUCGCGAAGACCGCUUGUGUCAGGAUAUCGGGGGUGCUGACGGACACAAGAAGGAAGGAUUUUGUGGUGCUAUUCACCUAGAAAGUGAUAGCAGCGGUGGGGUCGUGGCCACAGAGAACGAAACGCCCAAGCCCGCAAAACUUGGCAGCGGUCAUAAGUGUGUAGCAAAAAAUAUGCGGUUGAAACAGACCGCCUUUGGCGCCAAAGUUGAUGUCGAAGACGUCCCAGACCGUUGUUGCUUACUGCCCACGGCAGGCGAUGCCAUGCAGUGUCGGGGGGCUGAAGCUGCCGGAGAUUCCUGGCGGCUAGCCUUGGACGUGAUCGCAGACAUGCGCAUGAGCGGAGUCACGCCGACACUUGUAACGUUCAAGACACUGGUAGAGUGUUGCCGCUGUGCUGCAGCAGCGUCUGUGCUUAACAUAGGCGGGGGUGAGGGGUUGGGGAAGGGGUCUACCCCGGCGGAGGUGUAUUCUGCGUUGAAAGAGGCUGGGAUUCCGACACGGUUCUGCUAUCAGGCCGGGUUGGGGAACGCAGUGAAGGGAAGGAGAUGCUUCCCAGCGUAUGUCGCUGAAAUCAGUAGAUGA